AUGAGUUUUCAAGAUAUUCAAAGUGGUUCCAAUCCUCCUUCUCGUCGAACCCAGUCACCGUCGCAAGCCGUUGCUGCCGGAAUUUUUCAGAUCAACACCGCCGUCGGUACUUUCCGGCGACUCGUUGACUCCGUUGGAACCGUUAAAGAUACUCCAGAGCACCGUCAGAAACUGCACAAUACGAGACAGAGGAUAUUGCAGCUUGUGAAGGAUACUUCUGCGAAACUCAAAGCUUUGCCUGAAUCUAAUCGUGAUGCUAAUGCCAAUACUAAUAAGAAAAUUGAAGAUGCUAAGUUGGCGAGAGAUUUCCAAACCACAUUGCAAGAAUUCCAGAAAGUUCAACAGCUUGCUUCUGAGCGGGAAUCAACUUACACUCCGGCUGCCUCUGCUUCUAACUUACCAACAAGCUCUGGCCCUGGUCAAGAAUCGAUUGAGAUAGACCCCGAAAGCCAACCUUUUAUCAGAGGGCAGAUGAGGCAAGAGAUAGUUCUAUUGGAUAAUGAAAUAUCCUUCAAUGAGGCCAUGAUUGAAGAAAGAGAUCAAGGUCUUAGAGAGAUAGAAGAGCAAAUUGGAGAAGCAAAUGAAAUAUUCAAAGACCUUGCUGUUUUGGUUCAUGAUCAAGGGAUUGUUAUUGAUGACAUUCAAUCAAAUAUAGAUACUUCUGCUGGUGCAACAGCUCAAGGUAAGGUCCAGCUAGCCAAAGCUUCCAAAAGUGUGAAAUCCAAAAAUAAAUGGUGUUGGUGGGUGCUUUUAAUUUUUGUUGCGGUGCUGGUCAUCUUUCUCAUUGUACUCCUAAUUUAG